CUCUCGUGUGGCAUUGUGGGAGUUGUGGUUCAUUCCUUGAGGGGGGCAACAGAUUUGCAAGGCUUUGGGAUGCCUCUCGAACUUGCAAACGUAACGGCGAAAUCGACGAAAACAUCGGUCUGACUGGAACCGUAAGGGGGAGAAAGAACCGAAAGGGCAGAAGAGCGUUUACACACGCUACUGGCGUAGCAACAAGGACACUGGAGGAGAACGAUCGAGAAAUGAGCAGGCGCGGCCUUCAAGUCCUUCUCAACCACCGACCUCCAUUUCGAGCCCUGUACCGGAUCUGAGAGCAGCUGAGGCCAAAGCAUUCGCGGUCGUUCUCGGCAGAAAAGAGACGGACGUGCUCUUACAUUUCAUGUAGCGCUGGACUGGAAGUGUGUCAUGUCUCAUCCGACGAUAAUGGUCGUUAGAGAUUUCAUAAACAGUGCGAGGCGACUAUUACUGGAUAAAGAGCCCCUAAAAACCAUUCUGUGCGCAUAGGGUCCGAAUUUCGGUGUUCACACGUUUGGAUGGGCAGGAAUACCCAUUCGUAGCAUUAACACAGUGGGUUCAGUUACAGAAGAAUCGUAAUUUCUCGCAAUGGCAAAUACUUCGGUGGAGCAAAUUAGUUAACCGAUUUACGUUUUAAGGGGUGGGGAUUUAGAUUUAGUGUCACAAUUGUUUAUUUUUAAUAUAUAUAUUUUUUGCAUUUGUAUCAUUGUAAUUAUUGUCCCGCCCCACCACCAGUUUGUUGUCCUAUAGCGACAGUCCGAGUCAUGUCGUUGGUCGCGUACGGUAGCAGCGACGAGAGCGAUUCGGAAGACCCGACCGAGUCUGGCGCGGGUCCGGGAAGAGGAGCGAAGACGACCGGUCUGUUCUCCAGUCUGCCCACUCCUAAAAACGCCACCCCGGGCAGCUCUGGCCCCUCCAGAUCCGGUCCAAACUGGGGGGCCAGCUUCCCCCCUCCCAGGGACAGUGCGGGAAGAAUCGGGGUCCUCCAGGGGCCAGAACCGGCGCCCCCAAAUCAGCCCCCCCCCCGGCCGGAGUGGUCCCAGGAAAAUGACCCCGAGAUCCCGAGUUUCCAGCCGCCGUCCAGGGCCGGGCUGAGUUUACCCUCGCCGUCGGGGGGGCUGGUUUUCAACUUGCCCAAACCCAAGAAACGGACGGAGCCCGUCAAAAUCCGCAUUCCUGAAAUCGAGAGAGGGGCGUCGGAUUCGGACGAAGACGAGCCAGUCAGGAAAAAGAGCGGCCCUCAGGGAUCCGGUGGGGGGCUGUCCUCUCUCCUGCCCCAGCCCCGGAAUCUGGUGGCCAAAGAGAUGAACCGCGCGUUGGUGCCCCACACCCUCACCAAGCGCCAGCCGGAGCCCAAGGCCCCCGCCCGACCCGCCUCCGGCCCCGCGGCCCCGGCCGCCAGCGUCAGCGCCUCGCCCUCGGCCAUCAAAGCGGCCGCCAAGUCGGCCACCCUGCAGCUGGCCCGCCAGAUGGCGCAGGAGGAGGAGGACGAGGAGGAAGGCAGCGACGGCGAGCUGGCGCCCGAAAACUACUUCUCCCUCCCCGACAGCUCCCAGCCCGGGCUGGCCUCCGUGCCGCCGCCGCCCCCCCCUCCGGGGACGGAGGCCGCCUUCCAGUCGGACGCGCCGCUGGAUUUCGGUUCGGCCCCCCUGGGCCCCGCCGGACUGGGGGCCUGGGAGGGCCAGGAGCAGGCGGAGACGUACUACCCUCAGUACCAGGAUCCAGAUUCCAGGAUCCAGGGCCCGGCGCAGGAGUCGUACUACCAGGUGCGCGUUGGUGGUGUAGGGGGGAGCACAGCUGCCUUCCAAGCAGUUGACCCGGGUUCGAUUCCCGCACUGACAGACGUUUUCCGGCGCCUGCAAGGGAAACGCAACCAAGGCAAGGAGGAGGUGAAGUUCCUGGAGAUCAAGGGGGACGACCAGCUGAGCGGCAGCCAGCAGUGGCUGACCAAGGCCAUCACGGAGGAGAAGGACCAGCGCAAGUCCUUCAGCAAGAAAAAAGGAGACCAGCCCACGGGACAGCAGAGACGCAAACACCAGAUUACAUAUCUCAUCCACCAGGCCAAGGAACGUGAGCUGGAGCUGAAGAACAGCUGGGCUGACAACAAAUUGACCCGACGGCAAACACAAGCCAAAUAUGGCUUCUAGUCGACAGCGCAGGGGCUGAAGGCUGGGAGUGGUGAGAAUGUCCGGCGAACAUGACCACACCCAGGUGUUUGAGACGAACAAGGUGACGACAGCAUGUUGGACUGCCAUUUUGGUUCUUCCCCAUGCCUUUUGUAAUAGUCAAAUAACCCCUACCAGAGCCAAAAUGGUGGACCCAUGGCCUUCAGUUUCUCUCCAGUCACCAAAAAAUUUGGGUAGUACCAGGACUACAGGGGGAGGGGACUAUGACUCAGGGUAACUGUGGGAAUUUAACUUAAAAAUUGGAUUCUCUUUUUUUUUUUUUUUUUUGCGGUUGUUUGCCUCUAGCUACGUUGUUCAUGGUCUCUCUGGUCUUAUUUACAUAAUCCUGUACAGGCCUAGUUUCCCUAUUUUUGUACUUUGGUAUUGUAGUAGGGGGUGUGAAAUUUCUAGGAAAUAAAAGGCAAAAAACAAGAAGUUGUACAUCACACUCCUUUAGGGCUGAGCCGUUGCGCGUCUCCACGAGUCAGAUUUAAAACCUCGGCUGGCGUGAAGCGGCCUCGGACUUCAGGCCGAAAUGAUGGAGGGGUGUUGUGAAUUGAUAUCAGUGCCCUCCUUAUUUAAGAAAAGCUGAAAGGAUACUUUCAGAAGUAGAGGAGACGAUUCAGCAAACAGCUCUGGGCGUCUUCGCUUCCCUCACUAAAGCAUCUCUCUGCAGAAUUUGACACAAAACUGGGAUUAGCCUGGCAAGGCAAUCAGACCACACAAAACCCUUAAUCUGACAUCUCUUCGCUGCAGUCCCUGGGGACUCACCAGCACUCCUGCAGCUAUUUUUCCAUCAAACCUCCACUACGAUCUUUAAAAUCUUACCUUGGGACUGAGCCCGGAAAUGACUCGCCCUCCGUCUUGGUAAAUUCUCUCCGCCGGGCACAAGGAAUCGGAAAGGAUCCCCGCAGACGGCAGCUGGAGACGACUGGCUCGGGCUGUGCUCCUGCGCUUGUCGUGCAAGAGCAGCACAGGAGACCCGGCGGUAGCUGGAUCGCUCACCCGUGCUGUUCGGAUCCGUGGCUUUUCCCACCUCCCGGUGUCGCCCCCGCUACACCGGAGCGGACUUGGACGGUUUGAAAAAGCUGACCGGACUCUGGGAGACAAUGUGCUUCCCGCUGAGAAGGAUCGCUGCUGGGUGACGUCUGCCACCUAUGCUCAAGGGCUCUCUUCAAGAGAGAAGCCUGGGGGGCCUGGGGCUGGGGAUCCUCAGAUGGUGACAGUGCCCCUGGGCACAUAGGGGAACUGGGGCCUUCCCCAACAGCAGGGGACUUGCAGUGACAGCAGAGGGAGUCGUGCAGGGCGCUGAGGAGACCAGUAUCUCUGCCACAGGGGCCUGCAAGUCCUCUUUGUCAACACUCGGUCAAGCAGUUGUAGGUGCAGAAAUGGCUGGCGAUUCCUGGGGAGGGGGUGUUAAAACUGUAAUUCCGAAUUAAAAAUGCAGAUACUCACCAAGCUGGUCUAAACCCUGAAGAAAAACGUACCAGGGGAUGACCCAUGUUCUCACAUGGUCCUGGAAAAGGACCCUUCAUGUGAGCUCAGAGAAGGAGAAGGAGACGAGGUGUUUGGUAACCCAUAACGUUCGCUCUAGACUGAUGUAGAUGUGUACCUGUACCUUCAAUUCUGUUACAGAGUGCAGCUCCGAACAGUCGUGGCAUAUGUGACUUUUCCCCUUCAUGUACAAAGAAUAGCUCUCUUGGCACAGCAUCAUUUGCAAUGUGUGUGACUGUGAUUAUGAGCGCAUUGUAACCAUGGAGAUCCACCCCACCUGUUAUGUAUGACAACUGUGAAACCAAAAUAAACAUCUUGAUACAAGGAUGUA